GUAGGACUUAGAUGUUCUUCUGGAUAUAGGUGCAGCUGUGAGUGUGAGUAUUUAAGCAGGAUGGAUGUACUGCAGAUAGGUAAAACCAGCCUAAUUCACACAAGCCUCUCUGCUGCCCUAAGAUCACACUCACAGCUGCACCUAUAUCCAGAAGAACAUCUAAGUCCCACACCCACACCCACACCCACAUCCACACCCAAACACCUACAUCCAAACCCAUGCCCACACCACACACCCAAGCCCUUGGAUAUAAAAGAAAAUUUCAUCCAUGAUUUGAUAGUUUUUACGGUUUUCCUAAUCAAUUGACUAUCGUAAUCAUCAUAAAAUCUGAGUUAAUCGCGAUUUUCUUUAAGUUUUUUAGAAAAUAGACAAAAUUGCCUCGAUUUUCCACAAAGACAUAUUGUUUUAGAUUUAUUUCUUCUGAUAAGCGUGUUAUUAAUCCUUUCAGACCGUAUCCACUUAAAUGUUCGAUAUGACAAAGCGUUUGGUUCAUAAAGAGUCUUAUAUCUUAGUUAGUUUCAGUCAAACUAAGGAUUCUUACACAAAAUAUUUGAAAAGCCAACAAUGUUUCUUUUCAACAUUGAGAAAAACCAGAUUCUAAUCAAGUCAUAAGUAUAAGUUUUUGUAAUUGAGAGUAGUUAGGUACUGUUUAAAACAAAUGAGAAGGACUAAUUUCAAUGACAUCGAUGUUUUUUCUACUCCAUGCUUUUUUUUUUAUUUCAGUGCCACUACGUACAAGUUCGAUUGAUAUUCAUCCAAAUGCAAAAUGGAAACAGAGUGGAGUCACUGUUGCUGGAGGAAAUGGAGAAGGCUGUGGAAUCAAUCAACUCUAUGGUCCAUAUGGUGUGUACGUCAUCGAUAAUCAAAUGAUUUAUGUCGUUGAUUGCUUUAAUCAUCGUAUUAUGGAAUGGAAAUAUGGUGCAACGAAUGGUCAAGUGGUUGCCGGUGGAUAUGGGGAGGGAAAUGGAGCUCAUCAGUUAAGCUACCCACGUGAUGUUAUUGUCGACAAAAAGACAGAUAGACUCAUCAUCAGCGAUUGGGGGAAUAACAGAAUUGUCCGAUGGCCUCGUCGAAAUGGUAGUGGUGGGGAAACUAUCAUUUCGAAUAUCGCUUGCUUCGGUUUGACAAUGGACGAGAAUGGAUCUCUCUAUGUCGUUGACUAUGAAAACCAUGAAGUGAGACGAUAUAAAAUUGGUGACACUAAAGGAACAGUGGUUGCAGGUGGCAAUAGACAAGGAAAUCGUCUCGAUCAACUCUCUAAUCCCCACCACGUAUUUGUUGAUCGAAAUCAUUCAGUAUAUGUGUCUGACUAUGACAAUCAUCGUGUAAUGAAAUGGGAAGAAUGGGCAAAACAAGGCACUGUCGUAGCCGGUGGUCAAGGUCAAGGAAAUAGUCUUACACAAUUGAAUUGUCCUGAAGGAGUCGUUGUGGAUCAAAUGAGUACGGUUUAUGUGGCCGAUUGGGGGAAUCAUCGAAUCAUGCGUUGGCUAAAACCAACCUCAGAGGGAAGUAUCAUUGUUGGUGGAAACGAUUGGGGAGCACAGUCGAAUCAACUCAAUUAUCCCUAUGGUUUAUCAUUCGAUCGACAUAGCAAUCUCUAUGUCGUCGAUUACGGAAAUCAUCGAGUACAAAAAUUUAAUGUUGAAUGA